ACUCAACUAGUUCAGUUCAGUUAUGGAAGCCGUAGCACCUGCUUGGCUAACGAGGGAAUAUCUGGAAGCUGCACUGCUCCAGCACUACGGCAAUCCUCAGCUUAAAAUCAAGUCAGUGGAUUUCAGGCCAGCCCUUAAGAAGGGAGAAAACUAUGGCGCCAUUUUGACGAGAAUCCACUUAACUUACAUCCAGGGAAAUGGUGCGGAAGUGGAGGAACACCUGAUGGCAAAGACUGCAUUGGAAGAUGAAGACUUGGACACCAAGGAGCGCAAGGCUCCAUACGAUAUUUACAAUCGGGAAUUGGAGAUCUAUGAGAAGGUGCUGCCCAAGCUGCAAAAGUUGGCAGGUGAGCCACUCUGCCCCAAAGUGUGGAUCACCGAUCGCCAGCACGGAGCGCUCCUGAUGGAGGACUUAACGCACCAAGGAUAUAAGAUGGCUCCGCGACUGCAAAGGCUGGAUGAGGACCAUGUGCGAUUAGUGCUCAAAAAACUGGCCAAAAUGCAGGCAGCUUCUGUAGUUUUAGAAGCAAAUUGCAAAGACCAAAAAAAUUCACUGAAAAAAUACGACCGCGGUUUUUUCAAUCGCUACACUGAGAGUUUCAGUGCCUAUUUUUUAGGCUGCCUUAAAUCCUGUGCAAGCUAUCUUAAUACGGAGCCGGGCUUUGAGAAGCAAGCGCAGUUAUUACAGGAACUCGUCCCCUACUAUAUGGGACUGGGACUGCGCUGCUUUCAGCCCGAGGCGGAACACAUCAACGUUCUGACUCAUGGCGAUGCUUGGACAAACAACAUGAUGUUCAAGUAUGAGAAGGGCGUGCCGACGGAUGUCCUGCUCAUUGACUUCCAGUACGCCUUCUGGGGCUCGCCCGCCCUGGACAUCCAUCAUCUGGUCAACACGUCGGCGGUGGAGCGGGUGCGAAGCGACCUUCAGGUGGAAAUGAGGUGCGUGUACCACGAUGUGUUUGUGCGGGAACUGCGGCGACUGGGGUUCAAAGGUCAGAGAUUGCCCAGCCGGAAGCAGUUUCACUUGGAGUCGGAGCAGAAGCGCUUUUACGCUGUUCACUGCGGACUGCUCCUCCAGCCUGUGCUACUGAACACCGAUGAUGUGGAUGCGGACUUUGCAGCCCUGCUCUCCGACAAGCCCCGUGGCAUGAACAUGAAAAGGCGUUUGUAUCUGAACGCCGGCAUACAGGACUCCAUACGGCAGCUGGUGGUGCAAUUCGAGAGGGAAGGACUCCUGGACCCGCGGCAGUUUGAGGGUCUCUAAGCCAAAUGAAGCGGAAAUGCGACCCUGCACGGUACUUUCAAAAACUCCCUUAUUUCAGAUUUCAAUUAGACGGGCUAAUAAACAUAAAACAUGGCUGCCGCCAGGA